AUGGUUGAGGUCGCUUGGGAAGCUGCAUUGAGGGUUCGGAGAGCGGAUCAAGAACACCCGACAAUAGCGGGCAUCGACUGCCAUCAUUUUUGGCGGCUUGAACGAGAAGUAGCCGUCUUUCUUGGUUUUCCUCUCCAGCACAAAACUUGUCAUCGUGUUGUUGCAAACCAGCCUCACGAGUGCCCCUGCAUUACAAAAAUCGAACAACGAGAAAGACAAAACGAGUCCUUCGACGGCAAUCGGUCCAUUGGGAUGAGGAUUAUGGUGGCGUGGGUGGUUGCACCACUGGCGGAGGCGAUGUCGGUGGAUGAACAGCUGGCGGUGGCGAUGUUGGUGGAUGAACGGUUGGUGGUGGGGAUGUGGGUGGAUAAACAACUGGCGGCGGCGAUCUUGGUGGAUGAACAACUGGUGGUGGCAAUCUUGGUGGAUGAACAACUGGCGGCGGCGAUGUUGGUGGAUGAACGGCUGGAUGAGUGGUUGGCGGCGGCGAUGUUGGUGGAUGAACAAUUGGUGGUGGCGAUGUCGGUGGAUGAACGGCUGGUGGUGGGGAUGUUGGUGGAUGAACGGCUGGUGGUGGAGUUGGUGGUCUGA